AUGGACGGGACGAUCCGGUGCUCCGCUAACUACGUCCCCUUGACCCCGAUCAGUUUCCUGGAGCGCUCGGCGGUGGUGCACGCGGAUCGGCCGGCGCUCGUCGACGGCUCGAGGAGGUUCACCUGGAGGGAGACGCGGGGCCGGUGCCUGAGGCUGGCAUCGGCCCUCGCUCAGCUGGGGAUCAUCCGCGGAGAUGUGGUGAGUCCCCUUUUAUCUCGGACUCGCCGUUGAUUUCUGAAGUGUCGUUCCUUUCAGUGCGGUAGACCUCCUUCCUGUGUCCCAGCUCUGGCCUGCAACCUGUUUCAGUAUUUGCCCGUGGCCCGGGCACUUAUCUUCCUUCCUUUUCUCGUAUCUUAAGCUUGGGAAAUCUUCCUCUUUCGUCUUCCUCGGUUGAGUUCCAGUGAUCCCUGGUCGUCUGUUCUUUUGAUUCAGGUGUCUGUUCUGGCCCGAAAUAUUCCGGCGAUGUACGAGCUCCACUUCGGCGCUCCCAUGGCCGGCGCGGUCCUGUGCACGAUGAACACGCGGCAUGACUCCGCCACGUUAUCGGUCCUCCUCAAGCACUCGGGGGCCAGAGUCUUCUUCGUGGACCACCCGUUCCUGGAGGUCGCCAUGGGAUCCUUCAAGCUGAUGUCGGAGGCGAACCCGGCGCCUCCACCCCUCCUGGUGGUCAUAUCGGAGUUUCCCUCCGCCGGCGACUCUCCGGGGAGCCUGGAAUACGAGGAUCUCCUCCGGCGAGCGAAUCCUAACUUCGAGAUCCGGUGGCCGGCGGAGGAGUGCGACCCGAUCUCCCUGAACUACACGUCCGGCACCACCUCCAGCCCCAAGGGGGUCGUCUACAGCCACCGAGGCGCGUACCUGAAGGCCAUCGCCGCCGUCCUCCUCAGCAACGUCCCCGCCGCGCCGGUAUACCUGUGGACGGUACCCAUGUUCCACUGCAAUGGGUGGUGCAUGGCGUGGGGCGUCGCCGCGCAGGCCGGCGCCAGUAUCUGCCUCCGGCAGGUCUCCGCCGGCGCCAUCUUCGCCGCCAUCGCCGAGCACGGGGUGACGAACAUGGGUGGCGCACCGACGGUGCUGAACACGAUAGCCAACUCGCCAGAGGCGGAGCAGCGGCGGAGGAACAGGGCGCCGGCGACCGGGAAGGUGGUGAGGGUUGUGACUGGGGGAGCGCCGCCGCCGGCGGAGGUGUUGUUCAAGAUGGAGGAGCUUGGCUUCGAGGUGACGCACUCGUACGGGCUGACGGAGACCUAUGGGGGAGCCACCGUCUGCGCGUGGAAGGCGGAGUGGGACGCGCUACCGGCACUGGAGCGGGCGAGGGUGAAGGUCCGGCAGGGGCUGCAGCACGUCGCGCUGGAGGCGGUGGACGUGAAGGACCCCACCACCAUGGAGAGCGUCCCCGCGGAUGGGAGGACCAUGGGAGAGGUGAUGUUCAGGGGGAAUACGGUGAUGAGCGGUUACUACAAGGACGGCGGCGCAACUAGGCAGGCCUUUGCCGGCGGAUGGCUCCGGUCGGGGGACCUGGCGGUGCGGCACAGCGACGGGUACAUCGAGCUCAAGGACAGGUCCAAGGACAUCAUCAUCUCCGGCGGGGAGAACAUCAGCACCAUAGAGGUGGAGGCGGCGCUGUACGGGCACGCGGCGGUGCUGGAGGCGGCCGUGGUGGGGCGACCAGACGAGCACUGGGGAGAGACGCCGUGCGCGUUCGUGAAGCUCAGGGAGGGGGCGCGGGUGGGGGCGGAUGAGCUCAUCGCCUUCUGCAGGUCGCGGCUGCCGCGGUACAUGGCGCCGAGGACUGUCGUGUUCGUGGAGGAGCUCCCCAAGACCUCCACGGGGAAGACGCAGAAAUUCGUCCUCAGGGAUAAGGCGAGGGCCAUGGGGACCUCCCGCAGCAAGCUCUGA